AUGCCGCCACCUGGGUCACGACGGGCGACAGAGGCAGCGCUUCCGCCUCUCAGCAGCGAGCCCGACUUCGAGAAGUCCAGCCCGGGCAAGGUUGGAGCAACACGACCUCAGAGGGCUGCGAGCUCGCGACGCAAGGGUCAGAAGAUGAGGGCACAAACAUUGUCUUCUGCUCGUGCAGCAGCUCGAGAAGAGCGCGCACGUCGGAAACUUGAAGAAGCGGAGGCGCGUCGGAACCUCAACGAUGGCCUUCUCGCCUCGAUUGACGACACGGGAAGCUCACUCCACGAACUCGUCCUUCACACCUCUGAUCCAAAGAACAAGAGGGGUGAUGCACGAUGGCGGGGUCUCUUCAGCGGGCGCGCAUCGUCUGUCCGGCGCUUUCUUGACCUAUGGACAGGCCCUGGGUCAACGGUGGCCAUCAAAGAAGAGGUUUCUGACUGGGCUGUCGAUCAUACCGUUGGCAUCGUUCGUGGCGAGGCCCGUGCACUCAGCACGUCGGGCGUCUAUCAUGGCUCCAAAAUACCCAUUGAUUCUCAGUUCCUCGCGCGCUUCAACCCUUCACGGAUCCAUGCUCACUUCACAUCUAUGGCAGGCGUAUCUUUGCGCAUCUUCAAGGCCUUCGCAACUGCUCCCUGGCAUCUAAAGCCGGGCAUGCUGAGUGUAGCUCGGGCAGCCCGCAAGUCCCUCAUCGUCACCAAUACCAUGCUGCAGCUCCUUGGCGAGUACAGUUAUGCGAACAACCUUGGGAAGAAGGCACUUGGGCUCUAUCUGUACGCCAGCGGAAGCCAGCGGCAGCCGAUCGAGGUCAUGUCCCACAUCGGCGUCACUGAGAGCUAUUCAGGCAUCAUCGGCAAGGGAGGAGCUCCACGGCAGUACACGACGAAGGCUGUUGAUGGCGCUGGUACGGAAAUCAAGACGUACUUCACGCGGCCUGGCACUCUUCGCACCCUCUCGGAGUCCAUGCGGGCUACCGCACGGCGUGUAGCUUCGACUGGCUUGUACGCGACAGUAUAUGACAACAUCAACAUGGUUUUCCGAGCCGCAGAGCAAGUUGUUGGUCGCACGGAUGCACAGGAGAAUGGUACGUGCGCAACCAUCUGGCCACUGCACAACGCCUCGGUCGACGAUAUGCGCGUUGACGAUCUUCAACAAUCGUUCAACUCUGCUACACCGCUAGCUAUCAACGAUAUCCUGCACACUCCAGAUGAGAGCACAACCUUUAGACGAUGCCUGAUUCAUACGAUCUUGCGCAUCAUGGUCGUGUAUGGCGGUCCGGGCUUGAAGAAGUACACGCAAGAGGUCAAUGCCUCGCAGCCGAGGACCCCUCGUCAAAUCACCGUGCACAAGACCGACAUCCAUCCUCUUCCUGCCAUGGAAAUCGACGAGUCUACGAUCCUCGGCAAUGGCGAGGUCAUUGAAGAGACAAUCAAGGAGCUGCAGAUUGAGGCGCAGGAAUGGUUUGGGAAGCACGUUCUCAUCUUUGCGGGUGACCAGCUGUCGCAAGCACGAAUUCGGGCACUCGUCAAUAUCCGCGCGGGCCAGGAAGCUGGGCUUGCAGGAUACUUCUGGGGCGCUUGGAUGCCCGGGCUGUUCCACGGCAAGAUCGCCGACGUGCACGGCAUGCUCUUCACUCACUUCGGCAAGCCCAACAGUGGCGCGCGAAAUCCCGGCAGCCUCUGGUUCCACAAUACACGCCUUCACCGCCUCCCAAUCACCCUUACAUCUCUCCCAAACUACCGAACCUGCCGUGACCUCAUAUUUGUCUCUCUCUACGCUCGCGUCCUCCACUGUCUUCUCCUCGUCUCGGGUGUAGGCUCACUUGAAGAGUAUGGACAGAGGGUCACUAGCUUCGCACAGCUUGAGGCGGAUGCGGAGAAGAUUUACACGGCGUAUGCAGAUGCACAGCGAGUCGAUGACCUUCGCUCAGAUCGGUCUGCGGUAGCUGCAGCCGAGAACACUGCGAAGAUGGCAGCUGCGGAGGCCGGUGUCCCGUAUCAAGCUCCCGACAACGGCUUUCCUACAACACAGGGUGAUAUGGUCUUCGAAAAUGCGCUUCUGUUCAUGCGCGACGCCCUCAUCUCUCGGGAGUACACUGACGCUAUCAAGGCGGGCGACUCGGGGCGUGUAUUACUUGUGCUGAAGACCUGGGCUCUUAGCUUCCGUGGGAACGGCAGGACGAAGUACGCCUAUGAGAUGCUGCAUAUCAUCCACAACAUCGAGAAAGUUUGGCCGCCUCGCCUUGCGCAGAUCAUCACCGACAACUGGCUCGUCAAUCCAACAGGCAAGAAGAAUGCGUUUGUCGAGGUGGAUCUCAUGCAGGAGCAUCUGAAUUUUUGGAUCAAGAUCUUCUACCGAGCCCAUGGAAGCAAUUCGUCGUGGGAGUGGCUCGGUGUUGUUGCGCCCUGCGCCAACGUGCUUCGACAACUGGCAAAGACGAUGAACAAUGUUCUGGGGGCACAGUCGCAGGGCACGCGUCAUGCCCCGGCGGACCUAUCCACCGACAUCUCCGAGCUCAUGAAGAGCCUCGAUGAACACGACGUCUACCGGCUCUCUCGUGGGCGUGUUCUCGAUGACGACGAUGCACCUGCAAAAGACGUCGUCAGCAUUGGUCUCCAAAUGUUGACGGACAGCGCAUCGAGCCCGCUCGACGAGUACAACACCGCUUUCACACGCUUGCAGAGGCGCCGCCGCCGAGUACCUUUAGUCGGUGUGCCUCAGCAACCUUCCGACUCUAUUACUAUCCAGACUGAUCGCCCAAUUGGUAUCUUGGAGGACUUUGCUGACAACUCCGACUCCGAUUCGACGCGCGACUCUGAUUCCGUCGAGUCAGACUCCACUUCGAGCUCGGAUAGCGAGGACGAGCUUGAGCUGGUAUGGGUGGAGGAUGAUGAGCCAACCCUGACCGUGGAUGAGGAAGAUGAUGUAGCGCUGGAUCUCGAUGAUCUCGACUUGGAGCAGGAGGAUGAAGGGGGUGAGGAGGACGAGGAUGAGGCCGAAGACGAGCAGGGUGAUGCAGGUGACGAUUUUGAUGAAGUAGAUGAAUAA